AUGUCUAACCCUAAGUACAUGUACUCGUCUGUGAAGAAUGAAAUUUGGGAGAAGAUAGGUGCUGAAAUGAAUUUAGAUGGAGGAACAUGCAAAGCCAGGUGGAAUAAUAUUAGAGAUACCUACAGGAAAUCUAUGAAAAGAACUGCAACGAAAAGUGGACAAGCAGCAAAGAAGAUUAAGCUGUACAAAUAUUCAAACCAAUUGAGCUUCCUACAAAAGUAUUUGGAUGAAAGGGAAACUUUGAGUAGUUUCAGUAUUGAAGACCAAACUAGUGACACACAGGAGGAGCAGCUCGAAGAUACAACUGCUAAUAUAACUGAUGACGAUGUUCAGACUAUAGAGAUAUUGAGGAAUGAAAAUACCAAGGAACAAGUGAUAACACCAACCAUACAGACACACAAAAAAUCAACAUUUCAACUACCUCCAAAGCCUUGUGUGAAAGCCAAAAAACCUAAACCAGCGGAUCACCCAGUCGAUAUUUUCUUAAACGCAAUGGCACAACCAUUAAAAACUCUUUCACCGUAUAAUUGGCAUCUAGCCAAAUCAGAAAUCUUUAGCGUUGUUCAAAAAUAUGAAAUGAAAACACUCACCGGACAACUACAACCGUAUGACAUUCCCGGUAGUUCUAUAAAUCUUCAACACUCUUCAACGCCUUCUCCUUCAACAUCGCAAUCACAGUCGAAUGACUCCAUCUACAUGGAUGACACUGCUACUGGCGCAACUGGAGAAUCAAACAUUCUGUAA